AGCGGCGGUGUGACCGAGGACGGCUCCCGGGCGCCGAGCAGUUCCCGCUCGGAGCCGACGGGGAACGCCCGUCAGAGUGCGGCGAGAUGCAGUGGACGGCGGCAGUGGUGUUGGUGCUGGCAGCGGGCCUGACGCUCCGCCCGCCCGGCCCCGUCAGCGCCAAGAAACCGCGACACUUGGCAGCGGAGGCACAGAGUCAGUUCGGCCUGGACAUGUAUAAGACGAUGACCGAGCACGACAAGUCGGGCAACCUGUUCUUCUCGCCUCUGAGCAUCGGCACGGCGCUGGCCAUGACGUACGCCGGCAGUGGCGGCAACACCACCACCCAGAUGGAGAGCGUGAUGAACUUUGGCCAGCGGCGGUCCUCCGUGAUGCGCGCGCAUAGAGCGCUCCUGCGCAGGAUUAAGAGGCGCUACAGCAGCGUCGCACUGCGCAUGACGAACCGGCUGUACGUGGCGCGCCGGAUGCGGCUGCGGGGCCGGUUCUCCCGCUUCAUGGACCGCAUAUUCGGCGCCGAGAUCAAGCAGCUGGCCUUCAAUCGGCCGCAGGAGGCGGCCAGCGCCAUCAACAGCCGCGUCAGCGAGGAUACAAACGGCACCAUCAGCACGCUCAUAGAGCCGUAUAUGAUCAACGGCGCCACGCGACUGGUCCUGGUAAACGCCGUCUACUUCAAGGGUGACUGGCUGUCCAAGUUCGACCGGGCCAGUACCGUGCCGGGCACCUUCCACGCCCCGGACGGCGAUCGGGCCGUGCAGAUGAUGCAGACCAAGCAGCCGUUCCCCGUCGGGCGGCUGCCCGAGCUGAAGGCCCGCGUCCUCCUGCUGCCCUACAAGGGCAACAAGAUCCACAUGAUGAUCAUCCUGCCGUUCAGAAAAGAUGGAAUGGCCACCCUGGAGAGGGGCCUGGCCAAAACCAGUCUCCAAGAGGUGUUCCAGGCAGCCAAGAAGCCCGAUCGCGCCUUCAACAUCAAGAUGCCCAGGUUCAAGCUUGACGAAAGGAUCGACCUGAAGCGCGUCCUUCACACAAUGGGCCUGAAGGACCUGUUUGACCCUGGCAAAGCUGACCUGAGCCGGAUCAGCCGUGGCGGCAACCUGCACGUGACCGACGCCAUCCACAAGGCCGUCAUCGAGGUCAACGAGGAGGGUACCGUGGCGUCGGCGGUCACCGCCAUCAAGAUCGGUUACCGGAGGCUGGGGCCCAAGCCGCCGCCGUUCGUCGUGGACCGGCCGUUCUUCUUCGCGCUGUUCGACGCUGGGACUGGACUCACCCUGUUCGUGGGCCGGGUCAUGGACCCCACGCUGUGACUGCAGACACCGGCACCGGGACCUGGGAGUGGCCGGGCCAGCUGAGCUUGACCCGGCACUUUGUGCGCCACAGCUUAUCGGUGAAAUCGGAGCGCACAGUGGGCUAUGGAAUCUCCGAACGGGCAUUUGAGCUUCUAAAUGUUUUCGCUGGCAUGCGAUCAACCGAGCUUUGGUUGAAUGCCAUGACGCACUUAUAUAGGCAUCACUCAUGAGCGAAAAUGCCCGUGUGCAUUAUCGCUUCUGAGGCCAUAUGAACCUCAGAGUUUCCAGUCGUUGGUAGGUAACUGAAGCAUAUGCCGGGCUAGUCUGUACCUGAAAGGUGCCAAUAACUAGGUCAGGCGAUGUCAAGCAACGUGCGCUAUUAGCAUUGCCCACUAAUUAGCUAUUUAAUCCAAAUGACAUUGUUGAACGCCCUGACAUCAUCGAUCUAACAGUUAUUAGAUCGAUUAUGUCAUCGAUAAUGUAAUUAAGUCACUUCUUCGUAUAUUUCUACUCUCACGCAAUUUUAUAGUGCAUGGCAACGUCGCUGUUCGCCUUAGCCCAUAAAAAUGGUGUUGUUACGGAGCGAGCGAAGCGAGCGGAGUCUUUCCGUAGAUUAACGGAAAUUUCUGAGUAUGAGCGGCCGGCCGGCCGGCCGGCCGUGCGGACGCUUUUGCGAGGCUUAUAUCUCAGCAACCACUUGACCGAUUUACACGCGGUAAUUUUUGUAGGGUAGCUUCAUUCCUUCUACCAAGUAUUGGACUAUUCCCGAUGCAUGUGGGUGACCCCUUAUGCACGUGCCACGUGCAAAACGAAGAGGUGUCAGUUUUGCAAUUGUUGCAAUAUCUCGGUAACUACUUGGCUGAUUGCGCUCAAAGUUGGCAUGUAGGUAGGCACCCACUAGGCACUGCAUAUCCAUGUGCCAGAGUUGGGGUGCUGCUGCACGUGCGCACGUGCAGGGGUCGUUUCCAGAUCUCGAGAACGGCUCGACCGAUUGCGCUCAAAUUUGGUACACAGUUAGGGACCGGUUAGUAGGGUGCCGUGCACAAGUCAGUUGGGACCCAUUUUGCACGUGCGCACGUGCAGGGUGCCGCUUCCAGAUCUCGAGAACGGCUGGGCCGAUUGUGCUCAAAUUUGGCACAUCGCUAGAAACCGGUCAGUAGGGUGCCGUGCACAAGUCAGUUGGAGGUACCCCCUCGAAAUUUCGCACGUGCAAGACUCGCCCCUCGCUCGCUCCGUUAGUCGCCCCAAAAGGCGCUAUACUGGUAACUGUAUUAGUUGAGGCCUGUAAACAAGCUGUGUGAGCUCUUCAGCUACAUCUUUCUACCAGCUUGCCGUAUAUCUCAUGAACAGGGAUGGUGGUACCAAAUUUGUCGCGGAUACCUGCCUGCUCACUCGUAGAGCUACAACCUGCUCACUUGAAAGACGUACCAAUACUUGGCGCCUGGUAACGGAGCUAGCUACGUUGUGCUGCCUUUUCUUUUCCAAAUAAAUUGAUUUAUCUUACAUC